AAACCCCCCAAAGCGUAGGUGCCUCCUAACGCAGCUCCCACGCCUGUCAAGCAGCUUGGAACGUCAGUCGCGCAACAUGACGCAAAACGCCGAGGCUGAUUUCGCCGAUGGAAACGCCCGGAUGCAGGUACGUGACGCACACAGCAGAGGAGGCACACAGGGCACGCCAGCGGUGCGAUGGAAGCCACAGGAAGGCAGAGAGCUGCAGGGGAGGGAGGCAGAGUGGGGGGAAGGGGUGCGAUCGACUGGCUGCAUGUGGGAGAGAGAUGGCUGCUGCGGCAGAUCUAGCGCAGCGAGGAGGCUGUGUGUGUGCACAUGGGGCGUGUCUGAGCAGCCGGAUACGACAGGACAGAUUGUGUGUGGCGCGGCGCAGACUUGUUCGCAGAGACACGUGUUCCCUUUCUGCCUGUCUGUCUGUCUGGACAGAUAUCGGGUUCCAAGAGUCGCAAUUUCUACCUGCGUGUGGCCCGUCGCUUCUUCGGCGGCUCCAAGGAGCGGCCUGCGGUGGACGAGCUGCUCGUGACGGCGCUGGGAACCGCCAUGAACAGCGCAGUCGCCAUCUCAGACUCGCUCGUCAAAAACCAGGUGAGCAACAAAGACGCACAGGCCAACCAGCAGACCAGCAGGGAGGCAGGCGUGCCGCGGCUGACGUGUGUGGUUUGUCUGCUGUGCGUAUUGGGUACGGUGCGUAUAUAUGUCAGGUUGCGACGGUGGUCAACAUCGAGACCUCCUACUACAAGAGCGAAGACGAGAGCCGCGGUAAGUAAGAGAGCAACCAACCAACCACAAAGCACAGCACACAACAGCUGGCCAGUGGUGGCUGACGUGCCUGACGUGUGUCGUUCGUGUGUGUGUGUUGUUUGUAGGCACUUCUCGUUCCAUUCCGAAGCUGAGCAUCAAGAUGAAGAAGAACCCCGACUGGAAGUACGAGCCGGAGGACGAGAAGGAGGGCGAGCACGACGACACACACGAGGAACACGACGAAGCCGAAGAGGCACACGAGGAGGAGGAAUAAAUGAAUGCAUCGACCCAUCGACCACACAACACACAUCACACGACCGACCGACCGACCGACACACAUCGGCAGGGCGGACGGGCGGGCGGGCGGGAGAAUGGGGGCGGGCAACGGGAGGGAGUGGUGUAGUCCUAUCAAUAUAUAACUAAAUGGCCGGCCGACCGAGUGGCCGGCAGCCGCAACACGCAGCACAGCUGACCUGUGCUGCGUGUGUAAGUGGGUGCCUGGCUGGCUGGCUGGCUGGUUGGUUGGGUCGUGGGUAUGAUAUGUACUUGUGUUGUAUGUACUUGCCUGACUGCCUUGCCUAGGUACCAUUAUAACCCUGACUGACUCACUGACUGACUGCCUGUCUGAUUGUGUGUGUGUGUGUGAAUCUCUGUAAACCCUUUCAUUCAUGAUGUAGCACUCACGGAGAGGGAGGGAGGGAGGGCAAAAAGACAGACAGACAGAUCCCUCACACCAUGUUUGGCUGGGCCGGCCACGCCACGUCAUGCAGUCACGCACACACGCGCGCGAGGGACAGCACGAUUGGGCAGUCGACAGAGCAGAUGCGGAGGUGUGUUUUCACUUUCUGUGCCUGCUUUGUCCACCAACCGGUCGAUGUGUCCUUCGCUCGUUCUUUUUGCCCAUUUGCUGGAUCAUUUCCUUCGUCACCGACUAAGGAAGACAGACACGUACGCAGGCAGCCGGUCCGGCCAUUGUGGGGUGGGCUGAAUGGGGUAGGGCGCGGUGUUGGUGUUUGUUUGUAAUGUGUAUCCUCUCCUGGCUGAUGCAUGGUGUACAGCAACACUUACUUCUCCCCGGCUGACAGACAGACAGACACAUCGACCAUCACAGCACUCGCUCUCGGGCCACGUUCGUUUGAUUUGUCGCGCGUGUGCAUCUGUGUGUGUUGUGUGUGUGUGGUGGCCGGCGGUUUGGUGGAUGUUGCUCGCAACAGACAAGUACCAUGAUGCGUGUGUGUGUGUAUGUAAGUUGUCAUUUAUUAGUCGUUCUAUAAAGGGCUGCUAAUGGAUAUAAGGG